CAAAGUCUCAGUAAAUAAGAACAAGUCAAGGAUAUCGCGACUCAACUUCAGUAGUCUUCAAGCUUGCAGGACGACACCAAGGACGUUCAUGCCCAUUGUUCCCCCCUUAUCCACGACGUCGAACUUCAGCGAUUCCGGCGGCUUCACCACAUGCACACGUAAGUGCAUGGCGGUGGAUGGAUACUAACACUGCCAUUAGUUGAACCGUGUUGCCAGUCGACGUCCACAUGAUUGGCGCUCUACACAAGCCGCUCAACGUUCAUCCGUGUGAUUGGCCUGGGGCACACCGUCCCGCAUCACAACAUCAGCGCCACAGCAUGACCGAUCGUGUUAUGAAGUUGCGACGCCAGUUGUCGACCAUCAGUCCGCUCUUUUGCGUCGGGUUUCCCGGUCACGUUAGCGAUAUAUGCCUGUCUUGACGUGACCCCAUCCUCUUUCUAUGUCGCUCGCGCUGUUGAAGCGCUCUCUGUGACGGUUCACCUCUUCGAUCGAGUCUUGAUUGGCGCGAGGCAUGCGUUAUGAUACAGAGGUGCUGGAAAGCAGUGUGCCAAAAGACCCUUGCCACUUCUUCCACUGGUGUCUCCAUCGUUGGCUGGCUGCGGGCAUUCCUUGAUGCCACUGGAUGGGCGAAUGCCUAAGCGAUGCUACUGCUUGGUUAGCUUUUCGGAGACCAUUUCGAAACUCGCCUCGUCCGGCACAGCACCACCAAAACGGCAAGUUGGAGAGGAGACAUGGUCAUGUCUGAACGCGACUCGCACUUGUCGACGCCUCGGCUGAGCAAGAAGCUGCAGGCUGAUGGCGACUAUCUCGAGGCCAAGUCGCCCAACCCGAUGGCCAAGUUCGAAGAAGGCGCCCUACGUGAGGGUCCACCGCCCGACACCAAGAGCAAAACCUACUUCGGUUUCCUGUUCCAGUACGCCGGUGCUGGACUGAUCUACAGCGUCUUAUACAGCUUGACGUACCCCUUUUUAAACAACUACCUCCGCAUGUCCGGAGUGGCUACUGCAUCGGCCAGUGUAUUGAUCGCACUACCGUGGUCGCUCAAGACGUUCUUCGGUAUUAUCACGGAUUGCUACCCGAUCUUCGGCUACCGUCGUCGUCCGUACAUGGUCAUCGGUUGGGUGGUAUGCACAAUCUGCUCGUUCGUUAUGGCUGUUCUACCCGAGGGAGAACCGUACUACCCGGACAACUCGUGGGCGUCUCUGACGGAAUCGGAGCUCACCGCGGAACAAAUCGCUGAAAUCAACUACGACGCCCCCAAUAACGGCACCAAGUUCAUCCUACUCAUGAUUGUUGCCAACCUAGGCAUGGUCUUGUCCUUCACGGCGUGUGGAGGUACCUUGGUAGAACUCUCGCAACGUGAGGGCGAGAAGCGCCGUGGUGACUUGCAGACCAUGAUCUGGGUCGCUCGUCAAGCCGGUGGCGUCGUCGCGUCGGCUCUUGUGGGCUUCGGUCUCAACUCCGAGGAAUACGGUGGCGACUUUGCCGGUUCCAUCCGAGUGGGAGGUCUGAUGGGCGUUUGCGCGGUCACGUCGCUUGUCACGGCGCUUGUGGCUUGGUUCUUCAUUGAAGAGGAGCGUGUGGAACGUCGUUCCAUGAAGGUUGAGAUCGCCAAGCUGUUCGACUUGAUCCAGUACCGCGUGGUGUACCAGGUGCUGGCGUAUCAGUUCUUCGGCAACAUGUUCUCCUACGUUAGUGUGACCGCUGCAACUCCGUUGCAAAGCGUCUGGCUGACGAUUACCCCCGUGAACAGCAACAUUGCCACAAUCAUCUCUACGUUCAUCUCUAUGGCUUCGCUACUGGCGGUGCGCCAGUGGGGACUCAACUGGAACUGGCGCUGGAUGAUUGUGGUCGCCCAGAUCGCCGUCGUGAUCGUGGACUGCUUCCCGACCUUCUUGACGAUCUGGGACGUCGUCCGUAGCCAGUGGUUCUGGCUGGGUGUACCGCUGCUAGAGCAGGUGCCGUACAACAUCGGCUUUAUCGUGUCGACCUACUGCAUGGUCGAAGUCAUGGAGGAGGGCAACGAAGCUGCAUUCUACGGUCUCGUUGUUGCCAUUUCGAGUCUGGCGUCGCCGUUUGCCACGGUUAUCACCAAGAACAUUGACGCCAACUUUGACAUUUCCACGGCAGAUCUUCAGCGUGACGACACCAGAGUGCGUGAGCAGGUCACGUACGCCUACCUGUGCUCGUACGCGUGCAAGGUCUUCUCGACGGUGUUUGUGCUGCUCAUUCCGCGUCAAAAAUCCGAGACGCAGGAGAUGCGUCGCAACGGUGGCAAGAGCAAACUGGUGGGUAUCAUCGCGGUCAUCCUUAUCGCCUUUACGUACGUGUGGACGAUCAUGACCAACGUCAUGUCCAUCUUCCCCAGCACAUCGUGCCUAAAGAUUGCUGGUGGCGAUGGCUGCUAGAAGAUUUCCUCUCACAUUCCAUCGAUGUCCGUGAACUCGAUCUCCAUUCAUGUCAAUACACGUUUUCCACCCUACGCAUGGCGUAACAUCAGACCACAUAAGCUUGAGCACGGACAGCAAAUGCAUCAUGGUGACUCAUGUAUGCACCGCACUCAA